UUCUUAAUCAGUCUCGUAUUUCUUUUUCCUUGCAGGGAUCUCCAAGGCAGUCUGCUUAGAGGAGAGCCCUGCAAAAGGAUCUAGACGGAGAAAGAUCUUUUGGGACAGUCCCCCCAUGUGAUCCCAGCUUCACUGGCAGCAGGAUUUGCAUUCCAGGUCGUGCCCUCCUCCACCCCCGGGCCAAACCGUAGGACUUAAAGCUGAAACCAUGUGAGGGGGUUUCCCUUGCUCCCCCCUCUCCCCUGACCCCUUUCCCUCCCCUCCCCCAGCCUUGGGCGUGUCGCUGCCGAGCUGCGUUGACGCGCCUGCCACCAUGAUGUUCCGGGAUCAGGUGGGAAUCCUGGCCGGCUGGUUCAAAGGCUGGAAUGAAUGCGAGCAGACGGUGGCUCUGCUCUCCCUCCUCAAGCGCGUCACUCGCACCCAAGCCCGCUUCCUGCAGCUGUGCCUGGAGCACUCGCUGGCCGACUGCACCGAGAUCCACAUCGUGGAGUCGGAGGCCAACAGCGCAGCUGUCAUCAGCCAAUGGCACCAGGAAUCGAAGGACAAGGUGGUCUCCCUGCUCCUGUCUCACCUGCCCCUGCUGCAGCCUGGCAACACAGAAGCCAAGUCCGAAUACAUGAAGCUAUUGCAGAAGGUCCUGGCCUACUCCAUCGAGAGCAACCUGUUCAUCGAGGAAAGCCGGCAGCUGCUGUCCUACGCCCUCAUCCACCCGGCCACCACGCUGGACGAUCGCAACUCCCUGGCCCUGUGGCUCAACCACCUCGAGGAACGCCUGUCUAGCGGCUACUCCGGCCAGGGCAGGGGCCGGCCCGACACUGCCUACCACUCGCGCCAGGGCUCGGACGAGUGGCAGGGCCCAGGGGACUCGGGCAUGGGGGAGCUGGGACACGGCUGGCAGGAGAAGCUGCCCCGCGAAAACGGACACUUGCCUUUCCACUCCUCUAGCUCGGUGCCCUCGGCCAUCAACAGCAUCGGAAGCAAUGCAAAUGCAGCUCUGCCCUGCCAAAUCCACCCCAGCCCGCUCAAGCGCUCCAUGUCCCUCAUCCCCACCAGCCCGCAGGCCCCCGGCGAGUGGAUGAGCCCCGACGAGCUUUGCGCCCGGCAGGCGUUCAUCCCGGGGGACCACGCGCCCCUGUCCCCCCAGAGCAGCGUGGCCUCCUCGGGCAGCGAACAGACGGAGGAGCAGAUGGGCAGCCGUAACACCUUCCAGGAGGAUGGCAGUGGCAUGAAAGACGUCCCCUCGUGGCUGAAGAGCCUUCGUCUGCACAAGUACGCAGCCCUCUUCUCCCAGAUGACGUAUGAAGAGAUGAUGACCCUCACGGAGCAGCAUCUGGAGUCCCAGAACGUGACCAAAGGAGCCAGACACAAAAUUGCCUUGAGCAUCCAGAAGCUACGGGAGAGGCAGAGUGUUCUCAAGUCUCUGGAGAAGGACAUCCUAGAAGGAGGGAACCUGUGGAACGCGCUCCAGGAGCUCCAGCAGAUAAUCAUCACGCCCAUCAAAGCAUACAGCUCCCUCCAGGCCAUGGCCGCGCCCAAGGAGGGGCAGCAGGCGGUGCCCGAGCGCCACGGAGCCCCCAGGCCGGGCCUGGACAAAGCCACCAACGGGGCAGAGGACAAGGAGCCUGCAGUGGACGGCUUCUCGUCCCAGACGGCCUCCCCCUGCGACGGGGAGUCGGCCACGGCACCCAUCGCGGAAGGGGACAUCCCGGGGCAGUUCACCCGGGUGAUGGGGAAAGUGUGCACGCAGCUGCUCGUCUCCCGGCCUGACGAGGAGAACAUCACCAGUUACCUCCAGCUCAUAGAGAAGUGCCUGACUCACGAGGCAUUCACGGAGACGCAGAAGAAGAGGCUGUUGUCCUGGAAGCAGCAGGUGCUGAAGUUGUUGCGAGCGUUCCCCCGGAAGGCCGUGCUCGACAUGCAAGGGUACCGCCAGCAGAAAGGGUGGGCUUUUGGUUCCAACUCUCUCCCCAUAGCUGGAUCUGUGGGGGUGGGCGUCGCGCGCAGAGGGCAGCGGCCGUUCCAGAUGCCCCCUCGAGCCAUGCCCCCGAGCCGCCUGGGGCUGCUGAGUCCGGCGGGGAUUGGAGGGGUCUUGCCCCGGCAUGCACUUACCAGCCCCAUCGGGAGCCAGGGACGACAGAAUCUGUGGUUCGCCAAUCCCGGGGGCAGCAACAGCAUGCCCGGCCAGAGCCGCAGCUCGGUCCAGCGCACCCAUUCGCUACCCGUCCACACGUCCCCGCAGGCCAUCAUCAUGUUCCCCCAGGAUUGCCAGAUCCCCGGAACAGACCUGGAGAUCAACCCCACGCUGGAGUCGCUGUGCCUGAGCAUGACGGAGCACGCGCUGGGCGAUGGCACCGACAAGACCUCCACCAUCUGACCAGCCUCGGGGAUCCGUGGUUCCUGAGACGCUUUAGGGGGUUCUCUUUAUUUUUUGGGGGGUGCUUAAAGGGGUGGUUGAAUCUUCCACCCCACACCCCUCCUCCCACCCUCCCCCAGCGUUUACCAUCAACUCCGCCACGGUGGGGGGGUUGGAAGAAGCUCUCACUACAAUCUUACCAUCUUAUACGUUCUAAUAUUUUUCUACUUUAUUAUUACUUUAACUAUGGUUUAAUACUGAGUUGCAUCCUGUAACUCCCAGGGUAACGAAGCCAGAAGCAGCAGGAUCUUGGGUCACGCAUGUGUGUGUGUGUCUCCUCCCGCCCCCCUCUUUCCCCUCUCCCCCUGGCCCAUCCUUUCUCAGCAUGGGGAAAAAGAGAGCUCCUGAGAGGGAGGAGUGGAGAAGGGGAGAUAAAGCGCAUCUCUGAUUCACUUUCCUCCCCACCCCACCCCGGGGCAGUACGGCCGCUCUUGGCCGAUGCCGGUUGCCACGAAAGGCACCGGGGGGCUAACCUGGCGAGCUGGUUUCUUCUGGGUUAGCCCCCCCACCUGCUUUUCGCACCUGAUCCCUGCGAUGGGGGGAAACACCUCCACAGAUGGGGGCCGAGAACUCUUCUGGAACUGUUAAGUGCCUGUAACUCCCCACCCCACCCCCGUGACUACUUGGGGGCGUGGCCUUUGAAGGAGGGCCACGCCCUCCCCCAUAAGAGGGUGGCUGGGGGCGUGGCCUUUGAGGGGGUCCGUGCCCUCCCCCCUAGGGCAAGUGGUGGAUUCAGGGAAAGAAGCCACGCCUCAGAGAAGGGGUGUUGGGCCGGGCUGAAGAGUGGGGGUGGGGGGUGAUGGGGAUA